CCGCCGUCAUCUCCUCCUCCUCGCGCGAGCCCUCGCCCGCCCGCCGUCAGGUCUCCUCCUCUGUCUCCCGCAGCAGCAGUCCGUCUCGUCAGUCUGCCUUGUCGCUACCGCUACCGCCGCCGCCUCCGCCCGUGCAGCCUCGGCCCCGAGAAGAAGGAGAGGGAGCAGAAGACACCACCGACAACGACGACGUUGAAAAUCAGAACGACGAGCCCUCAGAUGCCCCCCCCGGUCUCGCCCUCGAAACCGUGCAGGAAAUGGCCAGUGACCUCUCCACGCCGUCCGCCGACACCAUCCGUGCAACCAUCCCACCCCUCGUGCAUAACUACCGGACCGAUCAGUCCGUCGCCGACAGUGGCAGUGAAAGCAGCGAGAACAAGGGCUACAAUAGCAACACUACCAACGACAAGAAAAGCAGCAAGAGUAAGAAGAACACCAACAAGGACGAGAAACGGCCCCCGCCACCGCUCGCCACCAAGUCGACCGGUGAUAUCCCGCCCAAGCGCUCCUUCACCUCGCUCAGCGGCGCCCGCGGGAAGCCUGGCGACGGCUCCGUCCGUAACAUGAUCGUCGAGACCGAGACCGUCAGCUCCAUCCCUCAGGUCUCCCUCGGCGUCGUCCCCGCCGACCGCGGUGGCGCCUCUGCCCGCGCAGCCGUCGGCGGGGUCGACGGCGGGGGCACUCUACGCAUGAAGCCUAGCACGGAGACCAUCCGCCCGCGCAAGGAGAAACGCAAGACCCGGAAACCCACGACGCUCGCCGCUGGUGGCGCGUCCUCCAAGGCCGACAUCUUCGAGGCUAAAGUCGCCAGUGCCGUCGACGAGGCCGACGUCUCCGAUUCCGAUGAGACCUUUGUCUAUGAGUCCAACCCGCCCGAUCCGUAUCCGCCCGUACCACGCCAGCAUCGCUACCAUUCGCGUACCCCGAGUGCCACCUCCAUGGCCAGCCAGGUCGACCAGCUCGCUCCGCGUGCCCGCGCUGCCCUGCGUGAGGGGACCUCCCAGGCCGUCACCGGCAAGAGAAGCAUGAAGUUCACCAACAACCAGUACCCGCCGAUCAGCGUCGAUGGCGGCGACCCUGGUGACUCGGAGCCGGGCCGCCGUCGCAGCAGCUCUGCCCGCCCGGAUGGCACCCACACGCCACGCUCCCACCCGCAGCAGCAGCCUGGUCACCAUCAUCAUCAUCACCAUCAUCGCACCACGCGCAACGGCAUGUUGUACCCGUCUCUGUUCGAUAGCGAUGCGGCGCCCACAUCUUCCUCCUCCGCUGCGACUGCUGCUGCUGCUGCUGCUGCCGCCGCCGCCGCCGCCGCCGGUGGCAGCGCUGCCGCAACCUCGCAUCCCAAAUCGCCCCGACACUUUAUUGGCAGCAAUGGUUUCCGGCAGUCGCGCCAUCUGGGUGCCCGCAGCACCGUGCCCAACUACCGCACUCUCAAUGGCACUACCAUUACCCGCAACAAGCCUGGCGAUGAUGGGUACGGUGGCUACGACUUUGACGCCGAGGGCGCCGCCGAUGAUGAGCGCACCCCGCUUGUCGGUUCCUCGUCACGCAUCCCGCGCAGCCGCCAGGGCCGCCGGCCCGGCAGUGCCAGUCUGCGCCAGAUGGAAUACAUGCAGCAGCGCCGGCGCGGCUGUUUCUUGCGCCACGGCACCUGCGUCGUUGUCACUUUCUUCCUCUUGCUCCUACUCGCCGGCGCCGUCUCGUUCCUUUUCGCCAUCUGCAAGCCCCUGCGUCAGGUUCAGGUCCUUGCCAUUGAGAACGUGCUCGCCUCCGAGCAAGAGAUCAUGCUCGACCUGCAGGUACAGGCCAUCAACCCCAACCUCUUUGCUGUCUCCGUGGACACCAUGGACGUCAACAUCUUUGCUCGCAGCCAUUACGUUGCUACGGAUCGCUUUGUCAGUGACAGUUAUCUCGGGGACGAUACAAAUGCUGCAGCAAUGCAUGUGGCCGGUGGCGGCGUUGACAAGGGUACCGAUCCGAUCGAGCCCCCCGGCGAUCCUACGGGCGAUGCGCAGACCAUGCUCCUGGGCCGGGUCUUCCACUUUGACUCGCCGCUGGCCUUCGACCCGUCCCCCUGGAACUAUCGCAACGUCACCUCGACGGGCCAAAUCCGGCUGGCGCGGCCCGGAAACAAGACCGAGGAAGGCGGCACAGAGCGCUGGGAGCGGGUGCUGCAACAUCCCUUUGACCUCAUCGUCCGUGGCGUCGUCAAGUACCAGCUGCCGCUGACCUCGAUUGUCUAUUCGGCCUCGAUCAGCUCCAGUGUCAAGGUCAUCCCGGAAGAUGAUGAUGGCGACAGCAGUUCCGGCAGCGAGAACAAGACGGCUCUGAUCCCUCGGGCUUUCACGGCGUAGACGAUUUUCUCUAUCCUUUGUCUUAAAACCUCAUCCUGUACUUUUUGUAUUUUUUCCCCUCUCCUACCCUUUCUUUUCUUUCAUCCAUCCAUCCAUCCAUCAUCCAUAUACAUACUCAUAGCCUGGCGGUUGCUCAGUUAUUUGCAUUCAGUCAUACCUUUUUCAUGACCUGA